AUGAACGGUAUCACUAGAGCACUCCGACGAGCACCCCUCAGACAGGCACUCCCUACAAAGCGCUUCAACAGCGGCAAGGUAUCCGGACCCGUCAUCGGUAUCGAUCUCGGAACUACCAACUCUUGUGUCUCCAUCUACGAAGGUGGCCAGGCCAAGGUUCUUGAAAACUCGGAAGGUGCCCGCACUACCCCCUCCGUCGUUGCCUUCACCAAGGAUGGUGAACGUUUGGUCGGACAGCCCGCCCGGCGGCAAGCUGUCGUCAACGGCGAGAACACCAUCUUUGCCUCUAAACGUCUGAUUGGCCGCAAAUUCAAGGACGCCGAAGUACAGAAGGAUCUCAGCAACGUCCCUUUCAAAAUCGUCGCCCACACCAACGGUGAUGCAUGGGUCGAAGCCCGUGGCCAGAAGUACUCCCCCUCCCAGAUCGGUGCCUUUGUCGUUGGCAAGAUGAAGGACACUGCCUCGUCUUACCUGGGCAAGCAGGUGAAGCACGCCGUCAUCACUGUUCCCGCCUACUUCAACGACUCUCAGCGUCAAGCGACCAAGGAUGCUGGUGCGAUCGCCGGUCUCGACGUCCUCCGUGUCAUCAACGAGCCCACCGCCGCCGCCCUCGCUUACGGUCUCGACAAGCAGGACUCGGCCGUCAUUGCCGUUUACGAUCUCGGAGGCGGAACAUUCGAUGUUUCCAUCCUCGAGAUGCAAAAGGGUGUGUUUGAGGUCAAGUCGACCAACGGUGACACGCACCUCGGAGGCGAGGACUUUGACAUUGCGCUCGUAAACCACAUCCUUUCUGAAUUCAAAAAGGAGACUGGCAAUGAUGUGUCGAAAGACCGCAUGGCCAUCCAGCGUAUCCGUGAGGCGGCGGAGAAGGCCAAGAUCGAGCUCUCCAGCACCGGCGCUACCGACAUCUCCCUCCCCUACAUCACUGCCACCGCCGAGGGCCCCCAACACAUCAACCUCAACCUCACCCGUUCCCGCUUCGAGCAGAUUGUCAAAUCCCUCGUCGACCGCACCAUCGAGCCAUGUCGCAAGGCUCUCUCGGACGCUGGUGUCAAGGCUUCGGAAAUCAACGAGGUCCUUCUUGUUGGUGGUAUGACUCGUUCGCCAAUGGUGGUCUCCACUGUCAAGGGCAUCUUUGGCCGGGAACCUAGCAAGGGUGUCAACCCCGACGAGGCCGUCGCUAUUGGAGCGUCGGUCCAGGCUGGUGUCCUCGCCGGAAACGUCACCGAUAUCCUCCUUCUUGACGUUACUCCUCUAUCCCUCGGUAUCGAGACUCUUGGAGGUGUCUUCACCCGUCUGAUUACAAGAAACCAGACAUUCUCGACUGCCGCCGAUGGCCAGACAGCGAUCGAGGUGAAGGUGUACCAGGGUGAACGAGAGCUUGUCAGGGACAAUAAGCUCCUCGGAAACUUCCAGCUCACCGGUCUCCCACCAACGGCCAAGGGUAUUCCCCAAAUCCAGAUCACCUUCGACAUUGACGCUGACGGUAUCGUCAACGUCGGUGCCAUUGACAAGGCCACCAACCGCGAACAGUCCUUGACUAUCGCCUCGUCCUCGGGUUUGAGCGACAAGGAGAUUGAGCAGAUGGUUGCUGCCGGCGAGCGAUUCGCAGAGGAGGACAAGGCACGCAGGGAGGUCAUCGAGACCGCCAACAGGGGAGAGAGCUUUGUCAACGACACCACAAAGAGUCUGCAAGAGUUUGAGGCGCAAUUGGACAACGCCGAGAAGGAGAAGGUCAAGGGCCUUCUCGAGGAGCUCCGGGAACUUGCGGCGAAGGGAGCAGCUGGAGAUGCUUCCGUGACAUCGGAGCAGAUCAAGGGAGCGAUGGAUGCCGCUCAGACCGCUUCCCUCGGUCUCUUCCAAAAAGUGUACGAGAAGCGCAAUGCCGAGUCACGAGACCAACCCUCAGAGGAUGCCGAGAAGCCCGAGGAGAAGGAGAAGAAGGAUUAG